CUCCAGAAGACAUUAUGAAAUAUUAUAAUUCGUGAUAUUUGCUAUGCGUUUUAACCUGAAUCAUAAACAUCAGGAGCUCUCAGUUACAGUCUGAUCUGGAACAUAAUGAGUUAAACCAUUCAUUUGCGCGCACCGAACCAACCGCAGCUUCUCACAAUCUACCCGGUCCGUUGAUUAUGGCCGGUAACGACAGUGGGGGAGCCCCUAAAGAAAGCACCGAGAUGAAAGAGCAGAAUACAGAGAGUGGCACUAUGAAGGCUGACUUGGAGGCAGGGAACUGCAGUUCUGCAAUCCACUGUCAUAAUGUGUGUCGAUCAUAUGGGAAACUUAAAGUCCUCAACAAUCUGAACCUCACAGUUCCACAGGGCCAAAUUUAUGGGCUGCUGGGCCCAAGUGGCUGUGGGAAGACCACGCUGCUGAAGUGCAUUGUGGGAACUCUGAAGAUCUCUCACGGCCACAUCGCAGUGUUAGGAAAACCGCCUGCUUUCCCAGGACAUGAAGUGCCAGGAAGGAUGGUGGGGUACAUGCCACAGGACAUAGCUCUAUACAAUGAGUUCACUAUUUGCAACACACUGUGGUUUUUCGGUCGGAUCCAUGGUCUUUCAUCCAAAGAAACAGAAGCCAGAAUAAAUUUCCUCAUCACCUUCUUGGACCUGCCACAGAAAAACAGUCUUGUCCGAAAUCUCAGCGGAGGCCAGCGGCGACGUGUUUCUCUUGGAGCUGCUCUACUUCAAAACCCAAAACUUCUGAUCCUAGAUGAGCCCACAGUAGGAGUGGACCCCGUUCUCCGUGCCAAGAUAUGGCAGCAUCUUGUGGAAAUUGUGAGAGAAGGACAAGUUUCUGUUAUCAUUACAACACAUUACAUCGAGGAGGCCAGACAAGCUAACACAGUGGGUUUGAUGAGGAAUGGUCAAUUGUUAGCUGAAGGUCCCCCAGAUGCUGUUAUGAAGCAACACAAUGCAUUAACAUUAGAGAGUGCUUUUUUACAACUUUGUGAGGACUCUGAUCAGUUAGGGUCCAAACAGAGUCCUCAGGGCCGCCUCCUGGACAGCAGACCGUCUCCAGACAAUAUGAGCGAUGAAAGUAGAGAGCCCAUACUGAGAAAGAGUUUAACAGAGCAAAUGCCCAAAUUUAAAGCUGACUGGAAGGUGCGAGCCAGACACAUCAUACCAAAAUGGCGCAACAUCGCAGCUCUCAUGAUCAAGACGAUGGUUCGAAUGAAAAGAAUGCCAGGGUCAUUGUGUUUCCAGUUCCUGUUGCCUGUAAUUCAGAUCUGUCUGAUGUGUCUGUGCGUUGGCGGAGACCCCAAAGGCAUCGACGUGGCUGUGGUCAAUAAUGAAAGUGGGAGCUACAGCAGAUCACUGCUGUCCUUUCUUGACAACACUAGUAUCAACCAGGUGGUCUUGUCUCAUUCUGAGGCGUUUGCUGGUAUCCAUAAUGGGGAAUAUUGGGGCAUCAUAGAAUUUGGGGAGAAUUUCACCAGCUAUCUAACCAAAAGAAUGUUGCAGCCCAGAGUUUCUAGAGAUGUGGUUGAAGGAGGAUCUGUGCAUGUUUGGCUUGACCUGACCAAUCGACAGAUUGCCAUAAUGCUACAGAAGAAGCUCCAUGAGGCCUUUGAAGCUUUUAUCGAGACUAAACUGGGGAGUUUGUCAUACAUGGUGGCCGUCCCUAUAAAAUUUGAAGAACCUAUAUACGGCAGUAAGAAUACAGAUUUUACAACAUUUGUGACUCCAGGAGCCGUUUUGAGCAUCACAUUUUACCUGGCAGUAGGUUUGACUGCUCUGUCCUUUGUGUUAGAGAGGAAGGAGGGGCUGCUUGACAGGUGCUGGGUGGCAGGUGUAAGUUCUUUGGAGACCAUGCUGGCCCACCUUUUCUCACAGCUCUUUGUCAUCAGUGUUCAGAUCAUCCUUUUGCUGAUCUUCAUCCUGCUUGUCUUCAAAAUUCCCAAUGAAGGAUCUUUGGUUCUGGUGAUUUCAUUGAUUGUGCUGCAGGGUGUGACUGGAAUCUCAUUUGGCCUGGUCAUCUCCUCUGCUAUCGAUGACGAGCAGUCGGCCAAUCAAGCGGCUCUUGGCAUCUUCUACCCGAAUCUCAUCCUUAGUGGUGUCAUCUGGCCGAUCGAGUGUAUCCCAUACCCCUUGCGUUAUUUGAGUCUGGUUCUACCACAGACUUAUGCAUCUGAGGCACUGCGCUGUAUCAUGUACAGAGGUUGGGGUUUGUCCCGCAUGAUGGUUUGGCGAGGCUUUGCGGUCACUCUGGGCUGGAAUACGUUCUUCCUCAUGCUGGCAACAAUCAUUCUCAAACUGAGAACAUGAGGGGCUCUGCCAAGCAAAGGUGCUUCAGACUGGAGACGGCGGAAUCAGGCGAGACCCAGGCUUCAUCAGCACAGGCCUCUCUUUGCGUAUUGAGGAUGAAAGAUGAUUGACACAUGGAUCUGAGCCUCUUUCUUUUUUAAAGAUGCCACUUAUUUAAGAGUGGCUCUCCUCCUGAGGACCGUGAGCAUGAAACUCAGGGCUUCUCUGAGCCAUAUAAGAGAUCAGACAAUCCCAGCACAACUUUUGUCCAACUUUACAAAUGUCAUGUUUAUCUGGAGUGUGACACGUAACAGUUCUUUUGAGUUUUCAAAGAAUAAAAAUCAGUCAAACAAACAGAAGUGGAAACCAUGCUCAACACGGUUACUGCAGGCUUUUUGAAGCCUGACUUUCCAUAUCCUUCUCAGAACUGUUUUCCUCUGCGAUACGUAAUAAUGUUUACUGAAUGUACACAUAGCUUCUGUAUGCUUGAGUUUUUUAGUUGGUUCAGCUUGCCUUGUGUGUGCAGUACACCUUAGAUCGUGUAACUUGAGUACACCUGUGUUGCUUUGAGGAGGCCUUUAGUGUUGCCACCCCUGUAUCCCUUGUUAAAAAAACAAGAUACUGAAAAACAAUUAUUCGCUGGGCAUUACAGUGCACAAUUACUCCUUUCCACAGUUCUUUUUUUAAGCCAAUAUUUUUACAAGUUACCAAUUAGCGUGUUAGUCAUCCAUCAAGUGCCAUAAAGGAAAAUGAAGAAAGAAUGCCAAUGUUUACAUUUGAGCACAAAGCAGGCCAAAGGUGAACCUGCAGUCAGUGUUCAGCAGUCUAUGUUUUAGUCUUGUUAACUAUAUUUGAUAGCCAGCACUAGCUAAUACAGACCCAUGAGUUUGGAUAAUAUAGCGUGCAAUAUUUUACGGGGAAAUGCAAAGUAAUGUUUAAUAUAGUGUGAUAAAAAUGUAUUGGUUUUGGGUAAAUAUCUCCAAUGUAGUAGGGAUGCACCGAUAGGAUUUUUUGGCCGAUACCGAUUUUUAUAAACAACUAUCAUACGAUACCGAUAUUGGUCAAUUGCAUACAGUACUAUACAAUACUAGGUAGUUUUUCAGCAUUAAAUUAAUUUUACUGAACAUGGAUCCAUUUAACAUUUUAAGGGAGGCACAAGUCAAGAUAAAAAUACAAUAAGACAACAUGAAAAUCUUCCUCCAUGCAGUUAAUUAAUAAACCAUCGGUAUCGGCCUUUUUCAUGUUAUGAAACCAUAUGCCGAUGGUGUUAAAUUAAUCCAAUAUCGGCAUCACUGUCAUUCUGGAGCUUAAGCCAAUUGUUGUGUUUCCAUAUUUUUUCGUUGGAUCUUGAAGUUCAACAUUAUUUGUUUUAUACCUUUUUUCAUAAAUCUCUAACCCAUAACCAGACUGAACAAAUCUACACUACACUUAAAGCUGAAGUGUAUCAUUUGUAUGUUACAUUUGAUCUUUUUAUAACUAAAAUGCAGAGACAACUAUAAAAAAACAUUUUAUGCUGAUGUGUGGCCUAAAGACUGUGGCUAUAUUUACAUAAUAAUAAUAAUAAUAAUGCAAAAACUCUUCUAUCGCAUCAAUGUGACGGUAAAUGUGCCGAAUAAUGAAAGGUUGGAAUUUUAUGGUAUGAUUUGAUAGAAUUUAUGCUGACAGUUUUUUUUUACUAGAGCUUUGGUGGUUUUAGAUUUUCUCUGUCUGGCUCCAGUUCAGACUCAGAGACCAACGUUUGGCCAAGGUUUGUGAUGUACUGUGUCAUUUUUGAAAGGUCAUGUCACCUACAGUAUACACACAAUCACACACAAGACCUUUAUUUGCUACCUCUUGAAUUGGUGAGUAAAAAAAUGUUGUCGCCAUGCUCUUGAUGUAAAAUGAUAUUUAAGGAAAAUCUGCAUUCUUUUCAACAAUAAACCUUCAU